UUCUUCUCCUCUCUCUCUCUCACUCUCAAAACAUCUUCUUACACUUAAAAUCACUUUUCCACAGAAAAAAGAAAAAGAUAACCACAGAAAGCAAGAAACAAACAGAUCCCAAUUCCAGCAGGAAAUACAAAUUCAAGAAAUCAUUCUGCAGCAAAUUACUAAUUCAUCAUCAUCUAUGGCGGAAAGGAUUUAUCCGGCAGCAAAACCGGCAACAAAUCCAACACCAACACAACCGCUAAACGGAAAUGCAAACGGAAAUGGUAACCAUGCAAAUGUGAUGAACGGAAACGGAGGUGUAAAUCAAAUCUUCCCACCACCAAAAUCACAACUCUACGGAGCAAAUCGACCAGCGUACCGUCCGUUACCGAGACAUCAACGGAGAAGGAGAAACUACUGCUGCGCUUGUUUCCUCUGGUCAACAUUCAUACUGAUCGGUAUUCUUCUCUUAGCUGCUAUUGCCGGUGGAGUAAUUUACUCAAUUUACCAACCUAAAAAGCCUUCAUUCUCUUUAACUGUUUUCAAAAUCACUCAAUUCAACAUCACAAAUUCAAAAUCAGACGAUUCAGCUCAUUUAAACUCCAAACUAAAUCUCACAAUCUUAGCCACAAGUGACAACAAAGAUAUGAUUUAUUAUUUCAAUCCGGUGAAUGUUUCUGUAACUCCACAGAAUCAUCCUGAUGUUGAGAUUGGUUCUGGUUCUGUACCUGAUUUUAUUCUCGGUACGCAUAAUCGAACUUUACUGAGAUUUGGUAUGAGUGAUUCUGAUAUUCUGUUGCAAGAUCCAGCCACUGCGAAUUCGUUGAAAUCAGAUCUGAAGAAGAAGAAUGGAUUUCCGAUUAAGGUGAGAUUGAAUACUAAAGUUAAAGUGAAAAUGGGUGUUUUUAAGACUAGGAAAGUUGGUUUGCAGAUUACCUGUGAACAUAUUAAAAUUCUUUCUGAAACUAAAACUAUUACUCAAGUUAGUAAGGUUAAAGGAGGUAAGAAUACUACUAGUUCUGUUACGACUUGGAAUUUAGAUGGAAAGAGUUCUGUUAAUUGUAAGUUUAAUCUGAGAAUUAAGAUCUGGAAAUGGACUUUCUGAUCCUUAAUUUUCAUUGAUGAUCAAUAAAUUCUUGUUUCCAUUUCAGAAUUAAAUUCAUUGGAUUCUUUUUUUUUUUGGUAUAAUGUAAAUUUUAUUAUAUUGAGAGUGAAAAGAAAAUUGAAAUAUAAAUUUUUAUUUAA